AGUGCUGCAAUGAGUUGUGAGGAUUUGCUAACGAGUCAUUGCAUAGAAUAAUAUGGCUUAUAAUAUAAUUCUACGUGUUUUUAAACGAUAACUGCUUGACAACCUGUAUAUUAUUCGUUAGGAAUUAUAGAUUUGAACUCCCACUGUAUUCUUAAUGGGAGGGAAGAAAAAGAAAGGCGCGUUUGCAUCACCGGCUGUACCCCGGAGCUCCGUUCCAGCGACGGGGAACCGAGCAGCUCCGGACGCAGCAGACAAAAAGCCACAACAGAGACCAAAUUCGUCUAAAGCACCGACAAAGGAGAAUAAAAUAAAAGUGCCGAAAACGUAUGGACUCAACAACACCUCGCAGGCAGACACAAGUGGCGUCUCGGAUAAAUCCAUCCUCAAAGUGGUAAUUCAGCCAGAUCUGGAAAAAAAAGUCAUCAGACUGAUCAACGACCACAGACAAGGUUAUGGAGACAAAGGGCCCGUGUCCGGAAGACUCACCACUAAAAAGCUGUUGGACUUGUACACAGCUCUGCAAAAGUUCCACUUUAAGACAGAGCACAUUGAGGAAGCAAUGAAGAGCAGCGUUCUCUAUGGAGGUGACCUUCACUCAGCACUGGACUGGCUCUGCCUCAACCUCAGAGAUGAUGAGCUGCCUGAGGGGUUCAGUCAGAGCAUGUGUGAGGAGAACACGAAAAGCCGACCCAGGUUCCAGGAGAAGAGACUGGAGAAGAGUCAGGAGGCAGUAGUUACAGAGGCCUCCACCUGGGAGGAGAAACAGAAAGUGAAGCCGCAGGUGAAGGAGGAAGACAUGAGCAUGAAGGAGUGGAUCCUGAGAUAUGUGGAGCAGUCCACAGACGAGAGCGAUGAAGGGGACAACAGGACCGCUGACAGAUCCCACACUCCGCCGCCAGACGACAAGUUUGACCCGAAUGACCGCUACCUGGUGCUCACCGCUCAGCUGUACGACGCUAAAGAGAUGGCAGCCGAUGCCAAGGCUAAGAAGGACAAACCAGGCCAGCGGAGUGCCCAGGAUCGCAUCCGGGUCAUCCAGCAAGAGCUGAAGCCGCUGGAAUCUCACCCCAUGUUCAACCCAGCCAUCAAAGUCACAGACGUCCCCAAGCAGGAGAAGGUGGUCACCACUGCAACCGAGGGCAACGAGGAACUGCGCUUCAGCCUGUUUGAGCAGGCAGAUAAAGCAGCAGACAGAGUGGAUAAGAAGAAGGAGCCCAAAGACAUUCGCAACUUUGACUACACGGGACGCAGCUGGACCGGGAAAUCACCCAAACAGUUCCUGAUCGACUGGUGCAGGAAGAACCUCCCAAAAAGCCCAGCACCAUCAUUCCAGAAGGUUCCAUCUGGGAGAUUCUGGAAAUGCAAGGUUCGCAUUCAGAGGGCUGAUGAUGACGUGUUGGAGGUUUGUCCCACCAUCUUGACAGAGGACAGCAUGCAGGCUCAGCACUUGGGGGCCACACUGGCCCUCUACACCCUGGUGAAGGGACAGUCUGUGCAACAGCUCCUGCCUCCGCCGUACCGUGACGUGUGGUUAGAGUGGCGAGACAGCGAGCAUCAGCAGGAAGAGGAGACCCGCUCCGCCAUCAACAAACCCCGCGACCAGUUCAUCUCCCGCCUGCUCGCCCGCCUCAAACAGCAGCAUCCCCACACGGCCCGGGCCGACGCCCCGCUCCAGUCCCUGCCGCUCGGAGACGAGCCUGAAGAUUCCUGGGAGAGCCUGGCAACCCCAGAGGAGGCGGAGCCCCUGAGUGUGGGGUGUGGCCCCCAGCCACAGGAGGCGGAGACCCGGCUCAGAAGGCGUGGCUCCCCGCCAGAAGAGGCGUCUCGGGUGCUGUUCCUGAGGCUCCGUGACUCUGAACAUGCCCGCAGGCUGCGGUCUGAGCGGGAGCAGCUGCCUGUCUUCCAGCAGCGGGCGCGGGUGCUGGAGGCUUUACAGCGCCACCGUGUGCUGGUGGUGGCAGGUGAGACCGGCAGUGGGAAGAGCACCCAGGUACCGCAGUUCAUCCUGGAGGAGCUGCUGGGGGCGGGGCAGGAGGCGCGGCCCUGUAACGUGGUGGUCACUCAGCCCAGGAGGGUCUCGGCCAUGAGUCUGGCCGGCAGGGUGAGCGAGGAGCUGGGCUGCCAGGAUGGGCCCGGGGCCAAGACCUCCCUGUGUGGGUACCAGAUCCGGGCGGAGAGCCGGACCAGUGACUCCACAUGCCUCCUCUACUGCACCACCGGUGUGUUGCUACGUAAGCUCCAGCAGGACUGUCUCCUCACUGCCCUCACACACGUCAUCGUGGAUGAGGUUCACGAGCGCAGUGUUCAGUCAGAUUUCCUGCUCACCAUUCUGCGGGAUCUGGUUCAGAAGCGCUCGGACCUGCAGCUGCUCCUGAUGAGUGCCACCGCGGACUGUGGGAAGUUUGCCAGCUAUUUCAACCACUGCCCUGUGCUCACCAUCCCAGGCAGGACCUUCCCAGUUCAGGUGUAUCACCUGGAGGACGUUGUGGAGGCUACAGGCUACAUCCUGGACCAGGACUCUGAGUACAGCCAGAGGUCUGUGGACGAGGAGGAGCAGGUCUGCAUCUCGGUCACACAGAAAGGAGGAAGAACUAUCCAGCACCAGGAGACGAUUGUGCGGGACACUGUCCCAGGUUGGGACCUCGGGCUGGACCUCGACCACUUCAGCAGCCGCACACGGCACGCACUGCAGUACAUGAACCCCAACAAGGUUAACAUGGACCUGAUCCUGGACCUGCUUGCAUACCUGGAUAAAGCAACCCAGUUUGGGACAGUAGAUGGUGCUGUGCUGGUGUUUCUGCCUGGGUUGGCCCACAUUCAGCAGCUCUAUGGCCUCCUGACCACAGACAAGAGAUUCAGCUCUAAGGACAGAUACAGGCUGGUAGCCCUCCAUUCUACGCUUUCCUCCCAGGAUCAAGCUGCAGCGUUCAAAGUGCCCCCUGCUGGUGUGAGAAAGAUUGUGCUUUCCACAAACAUUGCUGAGACUGGAGUGACUAUUCCAGAUGUGCUGUUUGUCAUCGACACAGGGAAAACAAAAGAGAAUCGGUAUCAUGAAGGCAGUCAGAUGAGCUCCUUGGUGGAGACGUUUGUGAGCAAAGCCAGCGCCCUCCAGAGGCAGGGCAGGGCAGGGCGCGUGAGGAAUGGCUUUUGCUUCCGCCUCUACCCCAAAUCCAAAUUUGAUAGCUUCAACGAAUACUCCAAACCUGAGAUUCUGAGGGUACCACUAGAGGAGCUCUGUCUUCAUAUUAUGAAGUGUGAGUAUGGCUCGCCGGAGGACUUCCUGUCUCGUGCCCUGGACCCUCCCCAACAGCAGUCUGUGUGUAACGCCGUCAGUCUCUUGAGGAAGAUUGGCGCCUGUCACAGAGAAAGCCACACCCUCACGCCCCUGGGGCACCACCUGGCCAGCCUGCCCGUCAAUGUCAAGAUUGGCAAGAUGCUCAUAUUCGGUGCCAUCUUGGGAUGCCUAGAACCAAUCGCCACCAUAGCUGCAGCUAUAUCAGAGAAGUCUCCAUUUACCACACCCAUGAGCAGAAAGGAGGACGCCAACCUGGCCAAGGAUGCCCUCGCCAUCGCCAACUCCGAUCACCUCACCAUCUACCACGCCUACCUAAGGUGGCAGCAGGCUCGCCAGGAGGGCGUGCGCUCCGAGACGGCCUACUGCAGGAAGCACUUCCUGAGUCGCACUGCCCUCAUUACCAUCGAGAAUGUGAAACAGGAGCUGGUCCGGAUGGUGGAGCAGACCGGCUUGUCCAGCGCCUUGCCCAUUAGGCCCGAUGGUCCCCGUCGCCGUGGUGAAGCCCAGGGCCCCGUUUCGCUGUCCAAGCGGGACAUCCCGGUCCUGGUGGCGGUGCUGACUGCAGGCCUGUACGACAGCGUGGGCCGGGUCCUGACCACGCCCUCCGUGGACCCGCAGGAGCGCGUGGUCUGCACGGUGGAGACGGGGCAGGGUAAAGCCCAGGUUCACCCAUCCUCCAUCAACCGCUCCCUCCACACCCCCAGAUGGCUCCUCUUUCAGGAGAAGGUGAAGUAUGCAAAGGUGUACCUGCGUGACACCACCCUGGUGUCCCCUUUCCCCAUCCUGCUGUUUGGGGGGGACAUCGAUGUUCAGCAUCGCGAAAGACUCACCACCGUCGACGGAUGGAUUCACUUCCAGGCUCCUGUCCGUAUUGGGGUGAUUUUCAAGCACCUCCGCAAGCUCAUGGACUCGCUUUUGGAGCAGAAACUAGCGAACCCCAAAAUGCGUCUGGAAGAUGAGAAGAUUAUACAUCUGAUCACAGAGCUGCUCCAGUCGGAGAGUCUGCCUCGUUAAACUUCCUCUGUUGAGGAGCCUCUCCUCCUGUACUAAUCCCCACCCCAAAUGGGAUUAACUGAUACCAACAUCAGCACUUUAAUGAGUUCCCAUCCUUAACAUGCUCUUAGACUCAGCAGUUAGUUCCUCGGCCUUGAGUGUGUUGGAGCAGAGAAGACGUGAACUUGUGAAGACAGGAGGUGAGAAGACCUGGGACUGUGGAGAAGAUCUUGAACCGGGGAGUGGCACCCCACUGAGGGAUUUGGAUUACGGAGCAGUUAGGAAAUGUUAUUCUCAUUGUAUCCAUGUACUGGCAAAUACAAAUAAAAGAGAAUUUUAACACCAAGUUAGUAAAUAUUUACAUUAUUCUCCUAAA